GCACAAUAUUUUAGACCAAUAUCCGUAGUGCAGUGUUGCGACAACUGACUCGGACAGCGACGUGUCUUGAUAUGAAAUGGUGAAUGACGUCUCUGGUGACUUUAAACAAACAGAUAUAUGGCCUUUAGUUUGAUGGCUGCUUGUAAACUUCGUCUGACACAGUGUAGUUUUCUUCGUUCUGGUAUUGUCUCGUUGUUAUACUUAUCCACUGUCAGGAUGGACGACAUGGGUCUGGCGGUCAGUCGUUCAUCGCUCGAGCGCCUCGAGUUUGACAAUGUCGCACUCAAGAAACUUCUGUUGGAUACAUCAGAAGAGCCUGGUCCGCGAAGGCUGGAAGGAGCCUGUUUCUCCCGAGUAAAGCCGAAGCCAGUGGUCAGGCAUCGGUUCGUGGCAGUCUCUAAUGAACGCGCGAAGGUUCUUCUGAACGGCCCGCUUGGUCCAGAGUAACUGAGCGGCUCCAAAGUAAUGCCAGGGUCCGAGCCUGCCGCGCACUGCUACUGCGGUCACCAGUUCGGCUCGUUCGCCGGACAGCUGAGGUACGGGGCAGCCUGCUAUCUGGGUGAAGUUAAAGCUCCAGCUGACUGGAGGCCAGUGCUGCUCCGGGAGAACCCCUAUAUCCGGUGGGAAAUUCAGGUCAAGGGAGCUGGUCUGACUCCCUACUCCUGACAAGCUGACGGCCAUAAGGCGCAGCGCUCCAGCAUCAGAGAGUUUCUGUGCAGUGAGGCGGUGUUCGCUCUGGGGGUGCCCACUACCAGGGCAGUCACUGGUGACAGCAAUGUGGUAUGAGACGUGUACUACAGAAGGUACCCCACUAAAGAGAGGUGCUCUGUUGCCCUCCGCAUCGCACCCACCUUUAUCAGGUUCGGGUCCUUUGAGAUCUUUAAGGUGGCUGAUGAGAACACAAGCUGGCAGGGCCCCAGCUAUGGCCACGAUGAGAUCAGAGGUCAGAUGAUGGAUUAUGUCAUGUAGAGCUUCUACCCAGAGAUCUAGCAGAACCACAUAGACAGAGUGGAGAGGAAUGUGUCAUUCUUCAGAGAGGUAAUCAUGGACACUAGAUUCAUACUGGUGGCCCAGUGGCAGUGUGUGGGCUUCUGCCAUGGAGUCCUCAACACAGACAACAUGAGCAUCCUGGGGCUCACACUAGACUACGGCUUCAUGGACAGGUUUGAUCCUGACUUCAUCUGCAAUGCCUCAGACAACUCAGGCUGCUACACUUAUCAGGCCCCCUGCCGCUGGAACCUGGCUCGUCUGGCCGAGGCCUUGGACCCAGAGAUGCCCCCAGGCCGGGCAGAGGCUGUCCUGGAUGAGUACCUGCCCCUCUACAACACCUUCUACCUGGGCAACAUGAGGAGGAAGCUGGGCCUGCUGAGGAAGGAAGAGCCAGAGGAUGAGAUGUUGAUCACUGAGCUCCUGCAGACCAUGCACAACACAGUUGACCAUGGUACUGAAUUUGGCCCAGAGCAACCCGUCGCUGUUCCAGAUGGUCUCAGAACGGAGGAUGGUGACCAUGAAGCUGGGUGUGGCCCAAAGGAGCUGCUGGAGGUCGAGGCCAAGCACAGAGAGAACUGGGCCACCUCCUACAGCAAGAGUCUGGCUGAGGAAGUUGAGGGCCAAAGGGCCGUCCAGGCACUGCAGGAGGAGAGGGUGAAAGUGAUGAACGGCACCAACCCACAAUACGUCCUCAGGAACUACAUCGCCCAGAAUACAAUAGAGGCCGCCGAGAACGGAGACUUCUCUGAGGUCCAGCGGCUCUUGAAGGUUCUGGAAAAUACUUUCUCUACCCAGCCGGGUCUGGAGCAACCCAGUUGGCUGGACCAAGGGGUGGUGGAGGAGCAGGGAGAGAUGGAGUGACAGAAGCGGCAGCAUCCCAAAUGCGUGUUCCCUAUGACAGCAAGCCCCCAAGUUUGGGCCAAUGAAAUCUGUGUCACCUGAUCUUCCCUUCUGAUCACCCUUCCCUGACAGUCUACCCACCCAUAUGUACAAUAGAGAGACUCACUGUCUUUUCUUCCUUUGUUUACCUAUACCUCUCUCCUCAUACUCUCUUUACUUGGGUAGGUAAUGACACGGAAGGUACAUUUUAAUGAGGUAAGAUGCUCCUAUGUUAACCACUCAGCCUAUAGAUAUGCAAGGUAAGGAUGUGUUAAGAGUUUUGGCACAUUUCACAAAGUACAACUCCAGAAAUCUGAAAUUACACCUUUUUUUUGAUCUAAGUGAUAAUUACAUUUAUAGAAAUAUCAUGUGUUCAGUUGAUUUGUAGUCUUUAUACAGAUGUCUCUGUAGAUCUGUGUAGCCUAUUGGCUGUCUGGUUAUGAACGACAGCCCAGACGUCCAGUCCUACAAUGACCCAUCUGAGUCCGAGAGACUAGGAGUAUCACCUCUAUGUACCAAAUAAUGUGUGUGAAAGGGAAUGUACAUGAUUUACAUAUCAUCUGAAUUUUGCAGAAUGAGUCACAUAAUGUUACUAAUUGAGCCACGAAGGACUUCAUACACAAGUAUAACAUAACAUAUGUCAACGUUGUAAAUGUCAUAGCAAUUGUAACACUGACCAUUUGGUGCUUCAUUGCACAAAUACUACUACACCACAUUGCAUUGUGUAGGUCAUGAUAACAUUCUAUGUAUUGCAUACAUUUUCCAGAAAGCUUCAAAACUGCCAUUGUCAACUAAAUAUUUGCCAAGGAAAUCAUGAGCAAUGGUUUUGUUUAAUUUCUUGGGAUAAAUUGUUUUUUAUGAAUUGAUAUGGAAAUUAUAUUUCAUGAUGCUGAAGAAAUGGCUUUUAUAGGGUGUUCCUUGGUAACUUGAAUUUCUUUGAAACGUUAAUAUUGUGGCCCAAAGUUGAGCUAUUUGUAACUUCAAUGUAAUGGACUGUUCAAUAUUCUAUUUUUGUAAGUUGGAAGAUUUUACUUAUGGCAAUUUUUGUAUUGGAAAACGAUAUGCACUACUCAAAUGGCUUCUCUUGGGCUCCAGGUAAAUUCUCUGAGGUACAUAUGAAUCAAACUCAUAAAUUAAUGUUUCAACCACUGUGACCACCACCAUAUGUCUUUGUCAUUACCCCCUUCAAAACAUGUCAUACCAUGAGGAAUAGAGGGACCUGUGUCAGGUGACGGAUGAGCAAUAAUUCUGUUCAUAUUGAUCAGCAAAAUAUUGCUUAUAAUAGAAUAGACAAUCCUAAAUUAUAACCUGUGGUGUUUUUAUUUAUUGAUUAUUAAUGUACAUAUGAAAUGUAUUAUCUUCUGAGAGCUUCCUCUAUAUGCAAACUGUAGUUGGUAAACUUAUACAAAAAUA